GAUUUACUGAAGACCUGGAGCUUGCUUCUGAGAGUGAAUGAAAAAGACCCUAAAUUGUCAACCUUGAAGUUAACAGGCACCGAGAAGACUCUCCUAGAGAAACAUGGAUGGAGUUGGAAAUCUGACAGUAUCUUCCUUCAGUAGUAAUGCAUGCAAUGACACUAUUGAUGAUUUCCGAAAUCAAGUGUAUUCCACCUUGUACUCUAUGAUCUCCGUUGUGGGCUUCUUUGGCAAUGGCUUUGUGCUCUAUAUCCUCAUAAAAACAUAUCAUGAGAAGUCAGCCUACCAAGUAUACAUGAUUAAUUUAGCAGUAGCUGAUCUACUGUGUGUGUGCACACUACCUCUCCGUGUGGUCUAUUAUGUUCACAAAGGCAUUUGGCUCUUUGGUGACUUUUUGUGUCGCCUCAGCACCUAUGCCUUGUAUGUCAACCUCUAUUGUAGCAUCUUCUUUAUGACAGCCAUGAGCUUUUUCCGGUGCAUUGCAAUUGUUUUCCCAGUCCAAAAUAUUAAUUUGGUUACACAGAAAAAAGCCAGGUUUGUGUGUGUUGGUAUUUGGAUUUUUGUGAUUUUGACUAGUUCUCCAUUUUUACUGUCCAAAUCUUACAAAGAUGAGAAAAAUAAUACCAAGUGCUUUGAGCCUCCACAGGACAAUCAAGCUAAAUAUUAUGUCUUGGUCUUGCAUUAUGUGUCAUUACUUUUUGGAUUUAUCAUUCCUUUCAUUAUUAUAAUUGUAUGUUACACAAUGAUCAUUUUGACCUUACUAAAAAAUUCAAUGAAGAAAAAUCUAUCAAGUCGUAAAAAAGCUAUAGGAAUGAUCAUAGUUGUGACAGCUGCCUUUUUGAUCAGCUUCAUGCCGUAUCAUAUUCAACGUACCAUUCACCUUCAUUUUUUACACAAUGAAACAAAACCCUGUGAUUCUGUCCUUAGAAUGCAAAAGUCAGUGGUCAUAACCUUGUCUCUGGCUGCAUCAAAUUGUUGCUUUGACCCUCUACUAUAUUUCUUUUCAGGGGGGAACUUUAGGAGAAGGCUGUCUACAUUCAGAAAGCAUUCUUUGUCCAGCAUGACUUAUGUACCCAAGAAGACCUCCUUGCCAGAAAAAGGAGAAGAAAUAUAUAAAGAAUAG